GAAGAAGAUGAGGACGUCACGUGCCCGGAAAUACGACUCGCGCUGGCUUUCAAUCAAAAUACAAAGACUCACUCCCCUCCCGAUAUUCUAAUGUAUUACAAUAAUAUUCCGUAUUUCUAUUAAUUUUCUGGGCACGGGUGGCAAUAUGCGACGUCUUGGCUCAGUCCAGCAGAAAGUAUCUUGUGUUUUUAUGACGGAAGUCAAAGAUGAACCGUCCAGAAAACGUGACUGCCAGCCAUUCAACAUGGUCGCCACUACUAUGUUAAACCCCGCUGUAGUGGAAGCAGACAUAAACAGCGCACUGGCCACAGAGAAACUGGACGGCACCUGUUGCUAUGUUACACACUACAAAGGGAAACUGCACCUCUGGGCUCGACUGGACAGGAAAGCCAAUAAACAGGCGGAGAAGAGAUUCAAGAAAUACCAAUACUCUCACAGGAGCACCAAAGGUUUUACGUGGAAUGUAGAAGAGGACUUUAAAACGGUGCCGGACACGUGGAUCCCGGCUCACCGGGUCAAACAUCACAACGGUCAGCCUGUCCCCGAUGAACAUGGACACAUUCCAGGUUGGGUUCCGGUAGAAGAUGGCAUCAAGCAGUACUGUUGGCACUCGUCUGCGGUGGAUUAUGGCGUGGGGACUGUGCUGCUGCUCCGUCCUGUUGCCACCAACGACUACGACACAUUGGAAGUAGCCGCUGUGCCGCUAACAGACCUCCAAGAACAAACUCUGGAGCUUAUCGGGACCAACAUCAAUGGAAACCCUUAUGGCCUGGGAAGCAAGAAGCAACCCAUCCACUUGCUGGUACCCCACGGGAGCGUCCGCGUCCAAAACCCGCCACCGGUGGACUUCCAGCAGCUCUACUCGUGGUUCCGCAGCAGCGACGAGGGCCUCGUGGAGGGUAUUGUGUGGCAUUGCGGCGACGGCUCGCUCUUUAAGGUUCACCGCCACCACCUGGGCCUGGAGUGGCCAGCGGAGGACACUUACUUGGGCAACAAGCCGGUGGUGGUCCACGUAGGCGGGACGACGGUCGCAGCCGGCGACGGUAGCAAGAGUCUGUUCGUGUCAAUGUCCCACCUCAAUGGACGCUGUUUCAGCCGCCUACGUGACAUCCAAUUUGACUUGUGAAUCCAAAGUCCACAACAUAUUCAAACGCAGACGAGCGUUCACGCUCUUCAUUUAGCUUUCAACAAGCCUAGCAUUACAAACAAAUCAAAUACAGUAUGUAUUUUUGGCAAACCUGGCUGCCAGGAAUAAAUACGGAUACGGUAGAUUGAGCCCAACAAAUAAGACCGGUGGCUUCCUUCGUUGUGAACACACACAACUUUGUAGGAUUGUUUUAUUUUGGAACGCUAACACAAUAAUAUCCACAGAAUGUAGGAACAGAGGAAGACCGGACUGAAGUUGCUGGAACGUAACCACGGACAUACACAAACAUUGUGGAGUGACUACUUUCAGUCUGCUGCAGCAAAACCUACAAGUAUUCUGCUUUGUGCAUGACCGCAAUGUUUUCAACUAGGGCUUCACGAUUUAUUGGAAAAGAAAUAUAGAUUUCGCAACAUUGAAUAUUGUAUUAUAUUCAUUUUUUCCCCCCAAUUCAUGGUUGAUGUUUAGAUGUACGAACAGUAUUGCUCUUAGAGUAAACAUCAGCUUGUCAAUGUGAUUUACUCCCUCUUCACUGUACUCCACUCUGGAUAUCAUCUCUCAACACGCAGCUCUUGCCGGAAUAGAUUUUCAUUUGACCUUGCCCUCAAAUGAAGAUAAACUCCCUCAAUCUGCCGAUAAAUUCUAACUGCAUUUGCCAGAUUCGGAGCUGUCGUAAAUCACCGUUGUUUCUUUUUUGAGGUCAACUUGGAGCGGCUUCCUUGAGCCUGCCUAGGAAAAGAUGUUUGAUGAUUAUUUGACAGGCAUAACUCACUAAUUUGACACACAGGUGAUGUUAAAGUGUACCACAUUGGUUUGACAAGUUGGAAAAUUAUUGGAACUUAUAAAUGUUGGACAGAACCAAACGCUUGAAAACCUGUGACAUAUCGACUACCCCAAAACGUCUAUAUGUACAUUUUGUGUAUAUAUAUAUAUAUAUGUAUAUAUAUGUUCUAAUAUUUGAAAAGGAUGAAUGGUUACAAAAAAUGCUAGCAAUAUCUAUUUUUAAAGUGAAGAUGAUUCCCAAUUUAGUAUUGAAACAAUCGAUACGCAAUUUGCUUUCACGGGCCACAUUAAAUGCUGUAGUGGGCCGUAUCUGGCCCCAGGGCCUUGACUUGGACACCCAUUGUCACAUCCUAUAAAUAUUAUAGUAAUACAGUACAGUAUUUACGAUAAAAAAAAAAACAGGUUGUGCGUUUAUAUUUACGGGUUUUAGUAUGCAAUUUAUGAUGCAAUACAGUGCUGUUAUUCUCGAUUAAAAAAAAUGUUUUAUGGA